GACAACGCGCAGCGUCGUUGUCAUGGUAACGCGCUACAACUAGAGGGUAAAUCUCUGCCUGCGUGUGCCUGUCUCGUCAACUCUUUUAAAAGUUGUUUGAGGUCGAACUUCAAGCAAACGGAGAAGCGGAAAAGUCUUGUAGGCAGAUUCUGUUUGAGGAUCAACAAGAUAAUAAGCCUCCAGGCAUGGAGGAACAAGGGAACACUUCUCCACCUCAUCCAUCUCUCCAGGAAGAUCAGCCCUCUGUCAACGUCGCUGUCUCUGCCUGUCCUGCUUUUCAAUAUCUUGAAGAGAUGUUUACAGAAGGCAAAAUCAACCAGGCGACUUUAUCCAAACUGAAAGGCAACUACAGACUUCUCCAUGACAAAUGGAAGCGUGCCCAAGAAUCUGAGCUCAAACUCCUGUCGGAGGCAAAGAGGUGUCGGGCGGAGCUGGAGAGGCUGCAGGUGGAGGUAGAGAGCGCAGAGGAGCAGAGCAAUGUUGAGGAGCCUGACAGUGAGGUCAGCACGCUGAGGGGACAGCUCCUGGGGGCGUACAACACACUGCACGCUGCCAAGGAGAGAGAGCAUAAGACUCAGCAUGAACUGCAGUGGCUCCAGGAGGAAAAGAAGCAUCUGGAGGCAGAAAUUCAGAAGAAACCAGCUGAAUCUGACAUUGUAACAGAGACUCUAAAGGACAAAUAUGAAGAACUGAAGGAAGAAGUGGCAUUAAGACAACAGGAAAUCCGAAACCUGAUGAAGGAUCUGGAAGCUCAUGAACUCGCCAAAUUAGAGGAACAGAAGGAGCUGGAGGAGAAGAAGCAAACCAUAGAGCUCAAAGAGGCUGAGAAAGCCCAGCUCCUCAGCAGACCUGACCAGAUUUUUAAGGAGGCGGAAAGGAAAAGCUCCAGGUUGGAGGCCGGGCGGGUGAAGAUGGAAGCCCUGAAUGUUGAGUUUUCAGAAAUGGAGCAGCAAGCGAGCGCCCUGAACGAGGGGAACCGGUCCCUCAGGACCACGCGGGACGAUCUGAAGAAGGAGGUGGAGGGUUUGAAGGCCAAAGUCGAGGCCAGCGAGGGGGAGCAGCGGCAGCUCCUGAAGAAGCAGGAGCUCCUGCGGGAAGAGGUGGCAGAACUCACCGGAAACAGAGGCAUGCUGGAAAUGAAGCAGCGAAGCCUCACGAGCGAGAAAAAGCAGGUUUACGAGAGCAGAUCUGUGCAACUCAGUGAGAGUAACAGGCACAUUCAAGCCCUCAAAAGGAUGGAGCAAGCGCUGACCGUGGCCACUGAGCAGCUGGCUUUCAAAACAUCCGUCUAUCAUGAGCUACAGGCACAGUUAGAUGCUGUUCCUCAAAGAGAGGCCACAACGAAGCAAAGGAUGGAGCUUCAGAAGGACGUGGAUGCUCUCAAAGUCAGCCUCAAAACUCAGCUAUCAUUGACGGAGGUGGAGAGCCAGAAGAAGCAGCAGUUUGAGAUAAUUCAUGAGCUACAGAAGGACUCAAUGCGUCUAAGGCAAGAACUCCACCAGCUCAGAUGUCUAACCCUCAUGAAAGCUGAGCAGAAGGGCCGGGAGCACAGAGAACUGCUCAGGGCGAAGCAACUGAGGGAGCAAAUCCAGCAGGAGCUCAGGGAAAAAGACCUCAUCAUUGAAGAGCAUGAGAAAGUCAACACAAAUCUACAGCAGAGGAUUUCGGAGUAUUCUAAUCUGUGUGCAAUAAGCAAGGAAGAGAGGAGGCGGUACUUUGAUCUGAAACAGUCUGUCACUCAAACAGUUCAGCAUUUGACAGAACAGGAAGAAUUCUUGAAGAACCAGCUGUCGGGCCAGUCCUUUGCUUUGAUCAGCAUCAACAGGACAGCCAACCAAGCUUUUGUCAAAGUCUCUGUCAGCAACAGCGAGAGGAAGAAACUAAGCGACGGCAUUGCUAAGCUUGCCUGGAAGCAACACCAGAUCAGUCAAGAAUGUGAGGAAAAUGAAGUGGAACUGAUGAAUCUCAGAGAAGUCAUCAAACUGCAAGAGGAGACGCUUUUAGAGAUAAACAAGAAUCAUAAAACUGCCAGGAGGCGGCGUGGCUUUCUAGCAAUCCAACUCUUGGAACAACAGGAAGUUGUUUCGGACUACACUCAGCACAUAAAGCGCCAGGAGGUUGCCAUUGCGAGGAGCAACCAAGCUCUGGAGACGGUGGAGAGGAACAUCAAAAAACUACAGCAGGAGAUCGACGAGAAGAAGAGACACAUUGACCUGAAGAACAAGGAGCUCCAUCAGAAGAAACAACUUGAGGAGGAGAUCACUGUGCUGCAAAUAGAGUUGUCAGAAGCCAGCGACAAGACUUUAGAAAGUGUGAAUCGAGAGGCUGAUUUCACAGAGCUGAAGAGCAAAGUCCCCUCAUCUGUGGAGCUGGUUAAGAAAAUGGAGCAGCUCGAGGGAAAUCUAGCGGAGCGUGAGAGGCAGUUGCUGGAAAAAGAACUCCUGGUGGAGCAGGUGACCCGGCUGACGAAGCCGCUUGGGGAGCAGGCUGAGAACUACCAGCAGGACAGCCUCUCGCUGGCGAAGAGGCUGAAUGAAGUCCGGACUCAUCUGAUCGACACCAACCAGCGCAUAAUGGCGGUUUCUGCAGAACUGUCCGUCAAGCAGGCUGAUGCUUCGUGUGAGCAGCAGCAGAUCAAAGAGAAGGAAGUCCAGAUGGAGCAGUGCCAGCGUCGGCUGGAGCAGGGCUUGUCACCACAUCCCGAAAUAGAGGAGGAGUGGAAGAGGAGGCUCCGGGACAAAAGGAGGAGACAGAAGGACAAAGAAGAGAAGGAGAAGCUCGCCGGCGAAGACAAGUGGAGGCAUCUGCAGAGCGGGAAACGCACCACCGCCAACAUCCGGCCCAACGCCUACAUCCCCGAGAACGACACGCUUCCUCUGCCCAAACCGUACGGCGCCAUGGCCCCUUUCAAGCCGUCCCAACCCGGGGCCAACAUGAGACACUUUGCAAAGACGCCACAUGCUUCCACGUGACGGGGAGGUGCUUGCUUUGAAAUUCUACGUCAGCUCAGAACUCAUUAGAAGUUAAAAACAUAAAAAAAGAGAAAUGUCUGCUA